GGUGGCUCUCCCCGCCUUAUAAGACACCGGAAGUUCGGUAAGGAGCGAUCCUUCCGCGCUCCGGAACGUGACUUCGGCUGGUCGUAAACCUAUAAAGUAGUGCACUUUUCUCCUUUCAUGGGACCUUCAGGAUAACCUGUAACGCAGCAGUGACUCCCCGAGCACAGCGGAGAAGGGUUGGGGCCGGCCAUGGCGUCAAAGGGAUGCAGUUAGGUGGAGCUGCGCAGGGUCACGUGACCACGGAGGGAGGAUACGUGGUGUGCUGCGUCCCUCGCCGAGGAUAUAAAGGGCGGGUUUAGGGCGUGUCGCCGCCAUUUCUGCUUCCUCUCUCCUGGUUGAGGUUUUUUCUGCUGCUGGUCCGUUCCUCUUUCCCCCUCCCGCAGGGCUUGCUGCCACCAUGGCGUAUUAGAGGCAGUAGUGCCUGCGGCAGCGUUGGCCUUUGCAGCGGCGGCAGCAGCACCAGGCUCUGCAGCGGCAACCCCCACCGGCUUUAGCCAUGGCGCUCUUCACGAAAUCCAGCAGCAGCGUUGCUGUAACGGACAAAGAUACCUUCGAGUUAAGCACAUUCCUCGAUUCCAGCAAAGCCCCACAACAUGACCGAGAUGAGCUUCCUGAACAGCGAAGUGUUGGCGGGGGACUUGAUGUCCCCCUUCGACCAGUCGGGUUUGGGGGCUGAAGAAAGCCUAGGUCUCUUAGAUGACUAUCUGGAGGUGGCCAAGCACUUCAAACCUCAUGGGUUCUCCAGCGACAAGGCUAAGGCGGGCUCCUCGGAAUGGCUGGCUAUGGAUGGGUUGGUCAGUGCCUCAGACACCGGCAAGGAGGAUGCCUUUUCCGGGACAGAUUGGAUGUUGGAGAAAAUGGAUCUGAAAGAGUUUGACUUCGAUGCUCUGUUUCGAAUGGAUGACCUGGAAACCAUGCCAGACGAGCUUUUGGCCACGUUGGAUGACACAUGUGAUCUUUUUGCCCCUCUAGUCCAAGAGACUAAUAAGGAGCCCCCUCAGACAGUGAACCCAAUUGGCCAUCUCCCAGAAAGUGUAAUAAAAAUCGACCAGGUUGCCCCCUUUACAUUCUUGCAGCCUCUUCCCUGUUCCCCAGGGGUUCUGUCUUCCACUGCAGAUCAUUCCUUUAGUUUAGAGCUAGGCAGUGAAGUUGAUAUCUCUGAAGGAGAUAGGAAGCCUGACUCUGCUACUUACAUUACUCUUAUCCCUCAGUGUGUAAAGGAGGAAGACACUCCCUCUGAUAAUGACAGUGGCAUCUGUAUGAGCCCUGAGUCCUACCUGGGAUCUCCCCAGCAUAGCCCCUCUACCUCCAGGGCCCCACCAGACAGUCUGCCGUCUCCAGGUGUUCCCCGUGGUUCUCCUCGACCCAAACCUUAUGACCCACCUGGAGUUAGUUUGACCGCAAAAGUGAAGACAGAGAAGUUGGAUAAGAAGCUGAAAAAGAUGGAGCAGAACAAGACAGCAGCUACUAGGUACCGCCAGAAGAAGCGGGCUGAGCAGGAAGCCCUCACUGGCGAGUGUAAAGAGCUAGAAAAAAAGAAUGAGGCCCUGAAAGAGAAGGCAGAUUCUCUUGCCAAAGAGAUCCAGUAUCUAAAAGACCUGAUAGAAGAGGUCCGUAAGGCAAGGGGGAGGAAGAGAGUUGCUUAGCAGGGUAAGGGUAGUCGGGUGCUUUGUGCUUGUAUAUAGUCUUGUGAUGCUGUGUUUGCUGUAAUAAAUUAUUUUGUAGUGAAAAGUA